AGCUAGCGCCACAGUUGUCGCCCAAGCUUAAAACCAAAAACUUACUCGUCACAUUUGCUAGGGGUAUAUAUAGAAAAUCUAUAAGUUUUAAAUGUUUAGUUGGUAACCCACACUCGAACUUAUAAAAAGUGCAAACCAACAGAAGAGGAAACUCAUUCGCUUCUUCUCCUACAACACAUUUAGAUUAAAAGCGUUUCUGUUUCUGCGUUUUGUUUUUUUUUCUUCUUAAAUUCUUGGGAUAUUUGCCUGCUUGUGAUUGCUGCAGCUGUUUGUGUGUUUGAAAAGAAUAUUGAAUCGUACAAAUUCAAUUGGCCAUAUUGAAUUUUGAUACGAUUUUACAAGAAAGUCAUUAAAGGAUUAAUUUAAUAAACAAAAAAACUCAAGGAUUAUUUUUGUUUAAGAAAUAUUAAUUUCGUUUAAAUUUGUGCUCAAAAAUGAGGAGCGCAUUUAUUUUGUUGACGCUGUGCGUCAUUGGUAUUUAUGCCGAAACUAAUGAUGAAUUCCUUGUGAGAAAAAUUCGUGAAUCCUUUGAAGGUUACAGCUAUCCUCCACCUGAACAGCCAUUCACUUAUCCUCCACCCGUAGUUAGUACUCGUGCUCCUGUCACUACUACUCGUAAAGUAGUUGUACCCUCAACCUACUUGCCACCCACCAACAAACCACAAACACCAGCUACAACCCGUGCUACACCUAAGCCAACAACACGUGCUCCUGUGACAACACCUAAGCCCACUACCCGCGUGCCAGCUACUUAUUUGCCACCCACAAAUAAGCCACAAACUCCAGCUACUACACGCGCUACACCAAAGCCCACUACUCGUGCUCCAGUGACCACACCUAAGCCCACUACACGUGUGCCAGCUACUUACUUGCCACCCACCAAUAAGCCCCAGACUCCUGCUACUACUCGCGCCACACCUAAGCCCACAACUCGUGCUCCAGUAACCACCCGUGCUACUCCUAAGCCUACUACUCGCGCUCCAGUUACUACACCUAAGCCUUUUGUGCCCUCAACUUACUUGCCACCCACCAAUAAACCACAAACUCCAGCCACCACACGUGCUACUCCUAAGCCCACUACUCGUGCUCCAGUGACCACACGUGCUACUCCAAAACCCACUACUCGCGCUCCUGUUACAACUCCUAAGCCUUUCGUGCCAUCAACUUACUUGCCACCCACCAACAAACCUCAAACUCCCGCUACUACUCGCGCCACACCUAAGCCUACUACUCGCGCUCCAGUGACCACCCGUGCUACUCCUAAGCCAACCACACGUGCUCCAGUUACUACACCCAAGCCCACAACCCGUGUGCCAGCUACUUAUUUGCCUCCCACCAACAAACCUCAAACUCCCGCUACUACUCGCGCCACACCUAAGCCUACAACUCGUGCUCCAGUAACCACCCGUGCUACUCCUAAGCCUACUACACGCGCUCCAGUAACUACUCCUAAGCCUUUCGUGCCUUCAACUUAUUUGCCACCCACCAACAAACCUCAAACUCCCGCUACUACUCGCGCCACACCUAAGCCUACAACUCGUGCUCCAGUAACCACCCGUGCUACUCCUAAACCCACCACACGUGCUCCAGUAACUACACCUAAGCCCACUACACGUGUACCAGCUACUUACUUGCCACCCACCAACAAGCCCCAGACUCCUGCUACUACUCGCGCUACACCAAAACCCACAACUCGUGCUCCAGUGACUACCCGUGCCACACCUAAGCCAACAACUCGUGCUCCAGUCACCACUCCCAGACCCACUCAGCGCAGUACUCCUGGACCAACCUACUUGCCUCCUGAUGCUCCUGCUACUACCCGUGUCACUCCAAAGCCCACCACACGUGCUCCCGUCACAACUCCUCGUGCUACACCUAAACCCACAACACGUGCUCCAGUGACCACACCCAAGCCUACUACCCGUGUGCCUGCUACAUACUUGCCACCCACCAACAAGCCACAAACUCCUGCCACCACCCGUGCUACACCAAAACCAACAACUCGUGCUCCAGUGACUACACCUAAGCCUACUACACGUGUGCCUGCUACAUACUUGCCACCCACCAACAAGCCACAAACCCCAGCUACUACUCGUGCUACUCCAAAGCCCACUACCCGUGCUCCCGUAACAACUCCUCGUGCUACUACUAAGCCUACCACACGUGCUCCAGUUACUACUCCUAAGCCUUUCGUGCCAUCAACUUACUUGCCUCCCACCAACAAGCCACAAACUCCUGCCACAACCCGUGCUACACCAAAACCUACCACACGUGCUCCCGUUACAACUCCUCGUGCCACUCCUAAGCCAACUACUCGUGCUCCAGUGACCACACCUAAGCCUACUACACGUGUGCCUGCUACUUACUUGCCACCCACCAACAAGCCUCAAACUCCUGCCACCACCCGUGCUACACCAAAACCCACAACUCGUGCUCCAGUGACCACACCUAAGCCUACUACACGUGUGCCUGCUACAUACUUGCCACCCACCAAUAAGCCACAAACUCCAGCUACUACUCGUGCUACUCCAAAGCCCACUACACGUGCUCCCGUAACAACUCCUCGUGCUACGCCUAAGCCUACAACACGUGCUCCAUUCACUACACCCAGACCAGUUGUAACUACUCAAAGACCAACUGUCGGACGCACACCAGGAAGUACCGCUGGUCCUACUUACUUGCCACCCACCAACAAGCCUCAAACUCCAGCUACUACUCGUGCUACACCAAAACCCACGACCCGUGCUCCAGUAACUACCCGUGCCACACCUAAACCCACUACUCGUGCUCCAGUCACCACUCCCAAGCCUACAACACGUGUGCCAGCUACUUACUUGCCACCCACCAACAAACCACAAACUCCUGCUACAACCCGUGCUACUCCUAAGCCCACUACCCGCGCUCCCGUUACCACUGCGAAGCCAACUAAACCUACAUUUGUGCCUUCAACCUACUUGCCACCCACUAACAAACCUCAAACUCCAGCUACAACCCGUGCUACACCAAAACCCACCACCCGUGCUCCCGUCACCACUCCGAAGCCAACCACUCGCGCUCCAGUCACAACUCGUGCCACUCCGAAGCCAACCACACCCAAACCAUUCGUUCCCUCGACUUACUUACCACCCACUAACAAACCUCAAACUCCAGCUACUACACGUGCUACUCCAAAGCCUACUACCCGUCCUCCAGUAACUACCCGUGCUACACCUAGAACUACCAAGCCCACUUUCGUGCCUUCAACCUACUUGCCACCCACCAACAAGCCACAAACUCCCGCUACUACCCGUGCUACUCCUAAGCCCACUACACGCGCUCCAGUGACCACACCUAAGCCCACUACACGUGUGCCUGCUACCUACUUGCCACCCACCAACAAGCCACAAACUCCAGCUACCACUCGUGCCACACCUAAGCCCACUACUCGUGCUCCAGUGACCACACCUAAGCCCACUACACGUGUGCCAGCUACCUACUUGCCACCCACCAACAAACCUCAAACUCCAGCCACAACCCGUGCCACACCCAAGCCCACUACCCGUGCUCCAGUCACCACCCGUGCCACACCUAAACCCACUACUCGUGCUCCAGUCACUACACCCCGUGUACCCCAAACCCCCGCACCUACUGAGAAAUUCGAUGGUUACAAAUAUCCCAAACCAGCAGUUCCCUUCAACUUCUAGAUCUAGUUCAGCUAUUGUGAAUACUGGUGAUAAAAUUCGUUACUAAGAAUAAAAAACCAUCACUGCCCUUUUUUUUGUGUAAUUUAGCCAAGUUUUAUUAAUUUUAAUUUUAAACAAACUCGAGUAGAGAAUGCAGGAGAAACAAAAAAAAAAAAUAAAACAAGUAAAACAUUUAAGUAAUUAGUAGUUGUCUAGGGCUAGAUGUAUCUAGUCAGUUUAUUUUUGUUUAUAUAUGAAAAGGAGAAAUUAAAGAAGAAAAAUAAAACAAGAAACUCAAAAGUCGUCUCAACGACUUAAAAGAAACGAAAUGAAUG